UUAAAUUAUUGUGACAAAGAUGUCUGCGCCCAGCAGGUAAAGGGGUUUUUCUUCGCACAACGGGGAAUUUGAUUCAUUGAUCUACGUCUUAAAAAUUACCCAAACAUAUACUGUAUCAGGAAGUAAGUAAGUCUGUGUGACCUUUGACCAUGUCCCGUGUUGCCAGAACAGCAAAGGAUACUGGGAAGAAGGUAGUUCAUAGCAAUGUGAUAAAGACUUACAUCAAAGCUGGUCGAGCGGCACCUGGUCCUCCCCUUGGGCCUGUACUGGGACAAAGAGGGAUUCCCAUCGGACAGUUUUGUAAGGACUUCAACGAGAAAACCAGUGGUAUUAGGGACGGAAUACCAUUACCUACAGUUAUUAGAAUAAAUUCCGAUAGAAGCUACACAUUAGAAAUCAAUAAGCCGCCAGUGUCAUACUUUAUCAAGUCAGCGGCAGGUGUGUUGAAGGGUGCGCAUAAACCAGGUGAGACAAAAACACAUUUAAAUUUAUUUAUCCUAAAUAAAGUAUUGGUAAAAAUUUGGUAUAAUUUAUUCAAAAUAUUAACACAUCUGGAUAACAGAUACAGGUCUCUCCAAUGAAAGACCACUUUUUUG